AGGAGAGCACUGAAUUUGGGAGUUCUUCGAGAUCCUGGUUCAGAGGUUGAAGACAGACAGUACCAAAUAGACCUCCAGUCCAUCAACAUUGGUACUGCUCAGUGGGAUCAGUUAAAGCCAGAGAAGGAAAAUGGUAAAAGCAGGGCAGUGCCAGAGAAUGAAAGGAAUUCUCAGAAUCCAGCACUUGAGUGGAACAUGGCCAGUAGCAUAAAACACCAUCAGGAACGGAGAGCUAUUUUAACUCCAAUUUUAACAGACUUUACAGUACGAGUAACUGCAGCUCCUGCCAUCAUUUUCACAAAAGUAAUUUCUCCAGAGAAUUUGCACACGGAGGAAAUUUUAGUAUGUGGCCAUUCUUUGGAGGUGAAUAUGACAACAGGUCUGGAUUUCUUCCUCAGUGUUGCUCAGUUACAGCUCUUACAACAAUUAAUGCAGAAUAAUAUGUCUGGAUUGGAACCUUCCAACAAAACUGCAGAGGUUUUCAAACUGGAACAGAAAAAGAUGGAUACAUCUGAUGGAGGUACAGCUGAAACAUCUUCACGUUACAGUGGAGCCCAAGACAGUGGCAUUGGCAGUGACAGUGUUAAAAUCAGAAUAGUCCAAAUAGAACAACAUAGUGGCACCAGCCAACAUCGCAUUGCCCAACCUUCCCGACAAUCUUCUAUAGUGAAGAAUCUGAACUUUAUUCCAUUUGACAUUUUUAUUACUGCAAGCCGAUUCUCCUUCAUGACUUAUUCAUGUACUACUUUACUUAAAUCAAAAUUACAGGAAGAUCAAAAAGAUGGUGAAAAAACAAUCAAAAGUUCAUUAAACCUUCCAGAAACAGUUGAUGAUUGCAAGAAAUCUGUCAAAACAGGUUUUUCAUCAGUAACAGCAGAUGAUCUCCUAAACUCUAACAGUUCAUUGCCCUCUGGGAAAAAGUCAGGUCUUAUAUCUCUGGAAAGUCUUCAUGCAUCCACAAGAUCAUCUGCUAGACAAGCCUUGGGUAUAACUAUUGUCCGACAGCCUGGUCGCAGAGGAACUGGAGACUUGCAGUUAGAGCCAUUUUUGCACCUGGUUGUAUCUCAACCGUCUUUCAUCUUAAGCUGUCAUCAUAGAAAGCAAAGAGUGGAAAUAUCUGUGUUUGAUGCUGUCCUUAAAGGUGUUGCAUCAGAUUACAAGUGUACAGAUCCUGGAAAAACUCUCCCAGAAACGCUUGACUACUGCAAGACCUGGUUACAGACAGUAGCAGGGGAAAUAGAUGCUAAAAGUGGUAUCCCACCUCCUCUCAUAACACUGAAGAUUAAAGACUUCCUUAAUGGCCCAGCCAACAUAAAUGUGGAUAUAUCAAAGCCUCUGAAAGCCAGUAUCAGUUUUGUCAAGCUAGAUCAAAUAAAACAAUUUCUGAAAAAGCUAAGGCAGAAGAGUGAUUAUGAGGCCCAGGAGGGAAAUGUUUCAGCAACUGAUAGUGUUCCAAAGAAGGAUGACAUGUAUAUAUCCCAGUCUUGCAAAAGUAAGAUUUCCAACUCUGAAGAUCAUAGUUAUGGAGGGGAAAAAGCUUCAGCACAAGAAAACUUAUGGAUGAGCAUUUCCUGUUGUCAGCAAUUUUCUAUCCAUACAACUCAGAUUAUGGUUUCUGUGGAAACUUGCCCAAAUCCCUGUAAACCUUGUCUGUUAGUAUCUUUAUCGAACCUCAGUGGAAAUUUGAAUGUCAAAGUCAACUGUAAGACUAAAGGUAUAAUAAAUAAAUCAUCACUCACACUUGACAUCAGUGAUUUCCUUAUAAAAACAAGUCUUCAGGAGAAAAGCAGAACUCUGGUUGGACCUAUGUGCUGCUCUGUCACAAUAGAAGCUAAAUGGUGCAAACAUAGCGGGAAUCCUGGUCCUGAACUGGCUACUCCAAAAGUCUGUGUUGAUAUGAGAGGUGGACUGAUCCAGGUUUUUUGGGGUCAGGAACAUUUGAACUGCUUAGUUCUUCUUAAUGAACUUCUGCAAAGUUACCUUGUUCAAGAAGACAAGAUAGAAGGACAAAUGGCCAAUCAAAAAUAUCCAGUACAGUUUUUAACGGAGAAGAAUCAGGUUUCUAAAACAGAACAUACUUCAGAUGAUCUACGAACAGGCCUAUUUCAAUAUAUACAAGAUACAGAUACACAAAAACUACCUGGGGCCUAUGAAGUUGUGUUUUACAAUGAAACUGAGGAUGAUCCAGGAAUGAUGUUAUGGAGAUAUCCAGAGCCUAGAGUGCUUACCCUUGUGAGAAUCACCCCAGUUCCUUUUAACACCACUGAAGAUCCAGAUAUUAGCACUGCAGAUCUUGGAGAUGUACUUCAGAUCCCCUGCAGCUUGGAAUACUGGGAUGAGCUCCAGAAGUCAUUUGUUGCUUUCAGAGAAUUCAGCUUAUCGGAAAGCAAAGUUUGUGAGCUGUCCCUGCCAAGCAUCAACCUAAUAACUGACCCAAAAGAACUUGUAGCUUCAGAUCUUUGGAGAAUUGUUUUGAACAGCAACCAGAAUUCAGGGGAUGACCAAAGUUCAGAAAGUGAAUCCGGUUCUCAGAGUACAUCCGAUCAGUUUGUCACUCCUACUGCCCUAGCAGCCUGUACUAGGGUGGACUCAUGCUUUACCCCUUGGUUUGUGCCUGCCCUUGGGGUCUCAGUUCAGUUUGCUCAUGUGGAACUUCAUCUUUGCCACCAUCUGGAUCAGCUGGGCACAGGGCCACCAAAAUUCCUACAUCCAUUUAUCUCUGAUAAAAGUGUGCCAUCUGAGUUAGAAUAUUCAAUAAUUUCUUUUGAAGAACCACAUACCUAUUUAAGGCAAUGGACUGAUGGAACCAUCUUCAAGGAGAUCCAGUUCUCCACUAAAAUUGACUGCAAACUUUUGGAGUGUAGAAAUCUCACUAUGCAAACUGUUGCAAAACCAUUUGGUGUUUUUGGGCAGUUUUCUGUUUCUGGCAAUUUCAUGGAAAAGAUUUUGGAUGGAAAUAUGGUAGUGGAUCCUGUAUUCAUCAGCUUUGGCCAACAUACCAUCCACUCUCUGCAUAAAACCUUUCAGGCUUGGCAACAGAAUCAGUGCCCUGAGGCAGAAGAGUUACUCUUUAGCCAUUUUGUAAUCUGUAAUGACACGCAGGAGACACUGCGGUUUGGCCAGGUAGACACUGAUGAAAAUGUUUUGCUGGAGAGUCUUCAUAGUCACCAGUACAGCUGGCGCUCUCACAAGUCCCCACAGCUGCUACAUAUUUGUAUUGAAGGUUGGGGAAACUGGCGGUGGUCUGAGCCAUUUAGUGUAGAUAAUGCAGGAAUAUUUAUCAGAACUAUUCAGUACAAGGGAAGGACAGCUUCACUUAUUAUCAAGAUCCAGCAGCUCUGUGGAAUACAGAAACAAAUAAUUAUUUGUGGAAGACAAAUUGUAUGUAGUUACCUCUCUGAAAGCAUUGAACUGAAAGUUGUUCAGCAUUAUAUUGGGCCUGAUGGACAGGCUGUUGUGAAAGAACACUAUGAUUGCCUUGAACCCAAGCAGAAACUACCAUCAUAUGUUCUAGAAAAUAAUGAAUUGACAGAAUUGAGUGUAAAGGCUAAAGGAAAUGAAGAUUGGUCAAGAGAUGUGUCACUUGAGUCGAAGCUCAUGGAAUAUAGCACGGUCAUCCAGGUGCCAUCAUCAAAUAGUUCUAUUAUUUAUGUAUGGUGCAUGGUUUUGAUGUUAGAGGCCCAGUCCCAAGUCCAGCAACGAACUAUUGUUUUCAGCCCUCUUUUUAUCAUAAGGAGCCAUCUUCCUGAUCCCAUCAUCAUACAUUUAGAGAAAAGAAACCUGGGUCUGAGUGAAAUGCAAGUAAUUCCUGGAAAAGGAAAAGAAAAAACAUUGCAAAAUAUAGAACCAGAUCUAACCCAUCACUUAACCUUCCAAGCCAGGGAAGAAGAUAAUCCAUCUGAAUGUGCAGUCCCUAUCUCAACAGCACUUAUUAAACAGAUAGCCACCAAAUCGAAUACAAGUGGCACCAUAUAUGAAAUACUCGAUGAUUUCUAUGGGCGCAGCAUCUCCCCUCAAUCUGUCUGGCCUUAUACAAAGAAGGAUUUUGCCAGCAGUGAACAGCUCACUCAGUGGGAUAGUCCAAUGCGUGUGAAGCUGUCGGUGUGGAAGCCAUGUGUGAAAACCCUGCUGAUAGAACUCCUGCCGUGGGCUCUGCUGAUCAAUCAGUCCAAGUGGGAUCUUUGGCUAUUUGAAGGCGAAAAGAUUGUUCUGCAGAUUCCUACUGGGAAAACAAUGAUACCGCCAAACUUCCAGGAAGCUUUUCAGAUUGGAAUAUAUUGGGCAAACAGUAAUACUGUACACAAGUCAGUAGCCAUUAAGCUAGUUCACAACAUGACAUCACCAAAAUGGAAGGAUGGCGACAAUGAGGAGGUGGUAACACUGGAUGAAGAAGGGUUUGUUGAAGCAGAGAUCAGACUUGGAUCCCUUCCAGGUCAUCAGAAAUUGUGUCAGUUCUGCAUUUCUUCCAUUGUUCGGCGUGGUAUUCAAAUCCUGCAGAUUGAAGACAAGAGUAUAAUUGUCAAUAAUACCCCAUACCAAAUAAGUUGUAGGCCGCUGUUCUCUGUUACGAAGUCCCAGCUCAGGGAAGAGUUUUUACCAGCUCCAGACAGCAGAAUAUUCAGUGUUUGUUCUGCUACGGAGUCAGAUGCUGCCAAAGUUUGUUCUGUGCUCUACUGGGACUUGAUGCCUGACAUUAGUCAAUCCAUUUCUGAGGAGCUUCCCAUUCAGAAGUAUAUGUUGCUAAGCUUCAAACACAGCACAAAUGGUCCCGACACUCCAUGCUGGAGCUUACCAGCUGUCAUUAGACAGGAAUUCCCAAGGCAGAGCAUAGCUGUACCUGUUGGUGGUAGAGAUGAAAAUGGAUUCUGCACCAGAGCCAUAGCUCUGACUUACCAGGAACAUCUUGGGGUGACAUACUUAACCCUAUCGGAAGAUCCUAGUCCUCGCAUAAUUAUCCACAACAGGUGCCCUGUCUCACUGCUUUUGAAAGAGAACAUCAAAGACACACCAAAGUUUGCUAUUUACUGCAAGCAUGUUCCAGCUGAAAGUUCAGUGCACCAUGAGCUUUAUCAUCAAAUUUCCAGCUAUCCAGAUUGCAAAACCAGAGAACUGGUCCCUAGCAUUCUUUUAAAAGUUAUAUCAUCAGAGGAAUUAACAAAUGAAUGGAGUGAUUUUGUGGACAUUAAUAACCAAGGCACACAGAUUGUAUUCUUAACUGGCUUUGGCUACAUUUAUGUGGAUAUUGCUCAUCAGUGCGGGACAGUAAUAAUCACUUUAGCACCUGAAGGAAAACCAGGACACCAGGCCAAUUUGAUCAGAACCCAGGAGCAAAGUCUUCUGUUCAAAUUGUUUAUUAAUCAGCUGAGCCUCACAGUAUAUGAUGACAUCACGAACUCUAAAACAUCAUCAGAACUUCUGCGGUUCACAGUAGACCACAUUUAUCUUCAUAUGGUUCCAGUUGCUAGCUACCUUAGACCACUCUUUCACAAAUUUCAAGGAGAGACUACCAGUGGCCUUCAGCAAUUUUAUACUCUCCAGGUCUACUGUGGAGACUUACAGCUGGACAAUCAGCUUUACAACAAGUCGAAUUUUCAUUUUCCAGUGGUGUUGUGCCAGGGAGAAAAAAAUGAAACCAUACAGUGGGCUAAAGUCCAUAACCUUAUGCUUUCCAGUAAAGACCUGGAAGAAUGUAACAAUAAUGCAUUUGUAAAACUUUGUGUCACUUUGUCAAAAGAGCAGCAUUUAUUAUUUCAUGUGAAUGAUCUCAGUUUUGAAAUGAAACCAACCAGGUUAUAUGUGGAAGAUACAUUUGUGUAUUACAUUAAGACUUUAUUUGAGACCUACCUUCCAGACAGCAAAAGUGUUUACCGUUCCACAAAAACAUUGACUGUAAGCCAGGCACUGCCAGAAAGGGUGAGGCAGCAUGCAAAUGCUUUAGUCAAUCCAGUAAAGUUAAGGAAGCUGACCAUCCAGCCAGUUAACCUCUUGGUGAGCAUCCAUGCUUCCCUGAAGAUAUAUAUUGCUUCAGAUCACACUCCUCUCUCCUUUUCUGUGUUUGAACGAGGACCCCUUUUUACAACUGCCAGGCAGCUUAUUCAUGCCCUGGCCAUGCAUUAUGCUGCAGGAGCGUUAUUCCGAGCAGGAUGGGUUGUGGGAUCUCUGGAAAUUCUUGGCAGCCCAGCCAGUUUGGUAAGAAGCGUUGGGAAUGGGAUCGCGGACUUCUUCCGGCUUCCAUACGAAGGUCUCACCCGUGGCCCUGGAGCCUUUGUUAGUGGGGUUUCCAGAGGAACCACGUCGUUUGUAAAGCACAUAUCUAAAGGUACACUAACAUCCAUUACCAACCUAGCAACAAGCCUGGCUCGAAAUAUGGAUAGGCUUUCAUUGGACGAGGAGCAUUAUAAUCGGCAAGAAGAAUGGAGAAGGCAGCUGCCGGAAAAUCUGGGAGAAGGACUAAGACAAGGCCUUUCCCGACUGGGCAUCAGCCUUCUAGGUGCAAUUGCUGGGAUUGUAGACCAGCCAAUGCAGAACUUCCAGAAGACAUCAGAAGCCCAGGCUUCAGCUGGACACAAAGCCAAAGGCGUGAUCUCUGGCGUGGGGAAAGGAAUCAUGGGAGUUUUUGCUAAGCCUAUUGGAGGAGCAGCUGAGUUAGUCUCACAGACUGGCUAUGGUAUUUUGCAUGGGGCUGGACUUUCCCAGCAUCCUAGACAGCGCUGCCCUCCAAGCGAUCAACAUGCUGAACAGGCACCAAACAGCCACGUCAAAUACGUCUGGAAAAUGCUUCAGUCACUAGGGAGACCAGAGGCCUACAUGGCCCUGGAUGUGGUCAUUGUGAGCGGAUCAGGCCAAGAACAUGAAGGAUGUUUACUACUUACCUCAGAAGUGCUGUUUGUGGUUAGCAUUGAUGAAGACACACAGCAACAGGCAUUCCCAGUGACAGAAAUUGAGUGUCUACUAGACAGUGAACAAAGCAAUCUGUUGAAGGUGCAGCUCAAACAGCCGAGAGUCCCUGGUGAUGUGGAGGCAGAUGGAAACAGAGAGAGACUGUCUGAACAGCAGUACAACAGACUUGUUGACUACAUUACGAAAGCAUCCUGCCACUUGGUUACUGUCCCCGUGUCUGUACAAAACACAGCUCCCCUCGUAGCUGCAGAACCAGUUCCAGCAACACUAAAGACUUACCAAUACCUGGUUAAUCCCAUUUUUGCUCAUGUAUUCAUCAGUAAAUUUACUAUGGUAAAAAAUAAAGCUUUGAGAAGAGGGUUUAACUGAAAACACCCUGCUGAAAUGCUUCCAGAUUUAAAGUACUAUCUAUGCAGUUGCCUAAUAUGAACUUUUAAAUUCCACAUCACAUGAAACCGAUGAGCUUAAACUUAGGUGGGCUGGGAUAGCGAACUAGCACAUUUAAAAAAGAGUCUAUUUUGCACUCAGUACAUUUGAGAUGAAUUCUGUAGUCUGCUUUAUGAGACAAAAUUAUGCAUAUACGUUGUAAACUAAGCUGUCAGUAAGCAGAAAUUGGCAACCCUGUAAGGUGACAGUGAAAAUCUUUUCUUUUUAACUGGAAGUCUGAUAUGCAAAGAUAGGCAGAAUGCACAGAAUUAACAUUAGAAUGUUCUUGUCCUACAAAUCUUUCUGUUCCUUCUUUCAUUCUUUCUAAAGGGGUGCCAGUUUCUAUUAGCAAAGUUUAGAACUCAGCUUUAAAAACUUGCUCAGGGCUGAAAUUUGUACUCCAACUGGCCCAACCUAUAGCAAAAUAUUUCUUCCCAUUCAGUUUGGAAGCACUUAGAAGUCUUAAGUUAUUAGCGAUAGCUGGGCUUCAGGACGAUUGUGUUAGAAUAAUUUUCUUUGACUGAAAUUUUGCAGGAUUUCAGUCCUUAAUAGUGCCUUUGUGUAAUUUGAAGAACAACCUGGUGACAACAAUAAUUUAUGAGAUUCCUUGUCCACAAUAAUAGAUAGCAAUGAUUUCUUAAGAUUUUUGAAUGUAUAUGCUAUUGCAGAUUCUUUAACAGUUUAUAAUUAUGCAAGAAUUGUCAUUGACUAUUGAUGUGGGACCAAUAAUUUGCAUUAUAUAAAGCUUUACAAAUUGUGUUCAGCGAAGCGUACCAAAAACAAGAGAAUAAUUUAAAUCAUUAACUGAUCCAAGAUGCAUUACUCAAAGUAGGUUCCAUUGACUUACAUCCAAGUAACAUAACAAUUGCCACAUUGGCCAUAUUAAUCUGUUUACAUUUUGAUCAACAUAUCCGAACUGGAGCCCCUCAGCAAACACAACUGGGACUUCCAUAAUUCCCAGCCAUGCUGUUGUAGUUGCAGCACAUUUGGGUGGGUGCCAGGAUAGGCAAGGCUCAUCUUAAACACAUCAUUGACUUGAAGCCUGUGUAGCCACUCUUUAAGAAGUAUACAUAAUUUGAACUCACGUUUAUUUGUCUCAUACUUUUCUAUAAAAUAAAAGACUCAGUGUAUGGCUGAAAGUGUAAUUUAAUGUGGUGAGAUGUAGUGUGCUGAGUUUUUAACUGAGCAAGUUAGCAGCCAGUGUAUCAGGUCUCAUGUACCCACCGUCAUCCAAACUUAAAACCUUAUAUCCACUGGGAAGGGCUCAGUAAACUUUAAAACUAGUGCCUGGUUUCAUUAUUGCUGUAGUAAUUCUGCAGUUACGCUUGCACUGGAAGGUAUCUGGUGGACUAAGAGAAGAAAAAUAUAUACUUGUAGCAUAGAACUCCACCGUAAACCAUCACAGAGGAAAAGUAAAGUAAAAUUCAUGGAUGUAUGUCCAAGCCCUGUUUAGACCAUACUGGAUCAGCUAUCAGAUUUCUCAGUACAUCCAAUUUUUCAGACAGCUCUAGUAUGUUAACAGUGGUUGUUUUUAAAUACAUAUUUUCUACAGACUUUUCACCAUCUGUUUUCAAGUUUGAACUAUAGAAGAAUCACUGGUGUAAAACAAUUAUUAGAUUUAAUUGUGGAUUGAAAUGGGAUCAGCAGGCUUUAGUUUGAGAAAGUGUGCUUGAUAUGGGUUCUUAGCUAUUGCUUAUUUUUAUUUAACAAUUUUGAUCCUAAAUGUUUCUUUUCCUCUCCUCCCCCCCAAGCCCCCCCAACUCAGCUUUUCAUGGCAAGAACUCAAUAUUAAUCUGUGCAGACCUAUCUGUACUACAAAACUAUGCCGAAGUCAGAUACUGAAUUUAAAGCAAGUUUUUGCCAUCUAAUUUUCACUAACAUUUCCAGUGCGUUCCUGGGUAGAGAGAGAUUUAGAAAACUCUUUUGAUUUUGUCAUGUGUCUUAUGUGUCCCUUUUUUUAAAAUACUCAGCCUCUGAAAACUAGGUUUAUCCUAAGUACAAAGUAAGAACACUGUGUACAUAAGUUAUCUGUCAAACUAGUCAUUGUUUACCUAUACUGCUUUAAAAUAUUGUAUUUUAUAAUUGAAUCUUUCAUGAGAAAUAAAGAGUUAUA